AUGUCGUCCUCGCAGCUGGAAGUCAAGAACGCACACACAAUCGACGCAACCACUUACCCCUACAUUUUCGAGUCGAACGCCUCAGUCGCGCUGAAAACGGGCGCGUCGGGCGUGGUGAGGGUGAAUGUGUACCGCCCCAAGUCGACAGAGGAGGGGGCCAAGCUGCCCGUGCUCGUCACAUAUGGGCCGUACGGGAAGGACAUCCACUACAAAGACGCCAGUUUCCACGCCAAGUCGUACGCAGAGGUCAAUCCAGAGCACCACUCGGCGCACUCGGCGUGGGAGACGCCGGACCCGGGGUUCUGGACGCGGCACGGGUACGUGGUUGUGCGCGCAGACGAGCGCGGGCUGGGCCAGUCGCCGGGGGUGCUGGAUACCAUGUCGCGGGGCACGAGCGAGUGUUUCUUCGACGUGGUGGAGUGGGCGGCGGAGCAGGCGUGGUCGUCGGGCAAAGUCGGCUUGCUGGGGAUUAGUUACUACGCGGGCUCGCAGUGGCGGGUUGCUGCGCGGCGGCCCAAGGGGCUGGCGGCCAUAGUGCCGUGGGAGGGCAUGAGUGAUUACUACCGUGAUCGGUGCAGGCAUGGGGGGAUUCUGAGCAACAAGUUCAUCGACUUCUGGUGGAAUCGCCAGGUCAUCACGAACCAGUACGGGCGGCCCGGGCGCGCAGCACGCAACUGGGGCCCGGACACGGUCGACGGCGACCUGUCCGAGGAGGCGCUGGCGCAGAACCGGCGCGACCAGACGGUCGACACGGCCGCGUCGCGGUUCCGCGACGAGCCCUACUAUGCCAGCAAGGAGUACGACAUGGGCGACAUCCAGGUGCCGCUGCUGUCGGUGGGCAACUGGGGCGGGAUCCUGCUGCACCUGCGCGGCAACAUUGAGGGGUUCGCGCACGCGGGGUCCGAGUUCAAGUACCUGCGCCUGAUCACGGGACGGCACGACCUGCCGUUCUUCUACAACGAGGAGGUCGACGUGCAGCGCAGCUUCCUGGACGCGUUCCUCAAGGGCGACGACCGCGUCGGGUGGUCGGUCAAGGGCAAGCUGCCGGCCGUCGACCUGGUGCUGCGCAAGGGCGACGUCGGCGUCGACGACGCGGCCGCCGAGCGAGCGUACGAGCGCCGCGCCGAGAACGAGUGGCCCAUUGCGCGCACGCGGUACACGGCGUUUUACCUCACGCCCGCGGCGACGCUGACGCGCUCACCGCCUAUGGUACCGCGCGCGGCGAAGCUGUCCUACGAGGCGCUGGGCACGCUGGCGUCGCCGAAGCUGCUGCAGUUCCGCACGGCGCCGUUCGCCGACGAGACGGAGAUCACGGGGCACAUUGUUGCGCACCUCAACGUGUCGCUGUCGGCGCACGCCGCGCGCUCGACGCCGGCGGACAUUGAUCUGUUCCUGACGCUGCGCUACAUGUCGCCCGCGGGGAACGAGGUGCACUACACGGGCACAGCCGGCGAUCCCGUGCCGCUCGCCAAGGGCUGGCUGCGCGUCAGUCUGCGCAAGACGAACCCGGCGCACCCGAAGCACCGCGCCUACCUGCCGCACCGUGACUACUUCAGCACCGACGUGCAGCCUGUGAUUCCGGGCGACGUCUAUGCCGUCGACGUCGAGGUGUGGCCGACGAACGUGGUCGUGGAGAAGGGCGGCAGCAUCGUGCUCGAGGUGAGCAGCGGGGACACGCAGGGGAGUGGCAUUUUCCAGCACGACCACCCAGAGGACCGCAGCGAGGCCAGGUUUGCGGGGUGGAACCAUGUGCAUUUUGGCGACCAGUUCGUGAACUACGUCACCCUGCCCAUUGUGCCGCCGAAGUAG